UCUCCAGACUGAUGCACGCUAGUUCGUAGCCUGCCAGUACAGAAGAGCUUAUUUCUUUACCUUCUUGUCAUUUUUUAAUUGUUGUCAGUAGUUACGUCAUUAUUUCAAGAUGGUAUUUUAUUUCACAAGUGCUGUUGUGAACCCGCCUUACACCAUUUACAUGGGAAAGGACAAAUAUGAAAACGAGGAUCUCAUCAAAUACGGCUGGCCAGAAGAUAUCUGGUUUCAUGUGGAUAAACUGUCUUCAGCCCAUGUAUACUUAAGAAUGCCCAAGGGACGAACAAUAGAAGAUAUACCCAAAGAAGUCCUGAUAGACUGUGCACAGCUCGUCAAAAACAACAGCAUCCAAGGGUGCAAAAUGAACAACAUUAACGUUGUGUACACACCGUGGAGCAACCUGAAGAAGACUGGAGACAUGGAUGUCGGUCAGAUAGGCUUCCAUCGACAGAAAGAGGUGAAGAUUGUGGCGGUUGAGAAGAAAAUCAACGAGAUCAUUAACCGGCUGGAGAAGACGAAAGAGGAGCGGUUCCCUGACCUGGCGGCGGAGAAGGAGUCUCGAGACCGAGAGGAGAGGAACGAGAAGAAGGCACAGGUCCAGGAACAGAAGAAGAAGGAGAAGGAGGAGAUGAAGAGGAAAAAAGAGAUGGAGGAGCUCAGGAGUUACUCCUCUCUUAUGUCAAAAGAAAACAUGACAACCAAUGAGGAUGGGAAUGAUUCAGAUGACUUCAUGUAAAAUACAGAAAUUGCUGGAAAAAAACUAAAAAGGAUUGACGCUAAAGCAUCAUGGGGCUUUAUUUAGAGAAAUGCCAAGAAGUGACACGUCAUGACUCUUUGGCGGACGUUGGCUGUGUGUGGGAGACGUCGGUCCCUGGACUUUGAGUGCAGCUGAAACACCCGUUGCUUCUGAAACUGCGUAAGGACUUUGUGUGGAGGCCGAGUGACCCUGCAGCCCAUGCUGAGGAUACCGAGCUGUGGGGGGGGGGGGGUCUCGACCCUCCGACGAAAGGGAAUGGACUGCUUCCACCCACUUCUUGUUAGAAGUGAUUACCUGUUGUCAAUAAAUUCAAUCACAAAGAAAAAGGAUGCAGGAAAAACUCAAGAGGGAGUGUAAUGGGGGGUAUUAUAGCCUGUAGGUCUGUCAAAAUUAUAUUCCUAAAAAAAUCUCAAUAAAUCUUCAGACAAAAGCUUAAAAUGAAAAGGAGCUGGUUGGGUUGUAACUCCUGCAUGGAUUGUUCAGCCUUCUCUCUCUUUCUCUCUCUCACACACACACACGCGCACACACGCACGC